AUGGCGUUACCUGACGUUCAACUCGCAAAUGAGAAAUUCAACGAGCCGGGGCACCGAAUUCAGAUUGCGGUCUACUCGCGGAGCUUAGUAGGCGCCCCUGGAGACUUUCGUAAUCACAUCUUGGGUCUCAGAAAAUCCCAGGUUGAUUUCGCCUCGCGAUCCACUCCCAUGACACCAAUUCGGAUGGAGAUAUUCGCUCUUCCCGCGCGCUCCCGCUAUCUUGCCAAGCAUGAUGGGAUGCAUGGACUAUGGAUCGUCUCCAAAGACUUCAGAAUCAAUAACGGUACAACCCCGGUCCGCAUCGAAGAGUUCCAUAAAUGGAAGGCAAGGAGACGGCGCGGAAAAUACUUGGAAACGGGCACGGUUCUUGUGUCACCGCCAUCAGGGUCCUCGAGCGAGAGCCUUAUGCGAUCGGCAAGGGAUUUUUAUGUGAUUGACAAAGGAUUAUAUGUCAACAGCACGCCUAAGGCGGAGGAAUGUCCUCACUUGGUCAAUGGAAGCAUGGACCGUCGUUCAAGCACGAAGGAACACUUCUUCACAACAGCAGGUCACGUCAAUGGCACAGAGAAGGUGUGGAGGUGCUUAGGAAUCUGGUUGGUUGGACUAAAUCUCCAUGUCCGACCCUUCCUCUUCCCUGACCGCCUCGAAAAAGAUAACGGCCCGAAAACUCUCAGUGCGCACGACAUCAACAAACUUGGCCACAAAACUGCGCAUCGGACAUCCAAUCUUGGAAGAAGAGCUUUCUUUCCAAUCAUUGGCUUAAUUAAGACGGGGCCUCCUUCAAUAAAGCAAGCAAACCCCAAGAGGACACUGAAGCCAGCCUUGUCCUCCCGCAUUUUUCUCUACGAGAAAGCCAUACCACACCAUGUGCACGAAACAGACAAUGAGAGAUGGAAAUCCUAA